AGUAAACAAAGAUACCAGCAACGGCUCUGGUGGCAGCUUAGCAGACAGGCUUGCAAGAGAUCCCUGCUCAUGGUUGGGAAGUUGUUCCAUGAUGACUUCCUAGACGGGGUCGUGGAGGCUUUCAGAUGCAGCCUUUGACAAAGGACACAGGCAUGAACCUGGCCUCUGUGACACUAGCCAGUGCCCUGCAGGUCAGGGGCGAAGCUCUGUCUGAGGAGGAAAUAUGGUCCCUCUUGUCCCUGGCUGCUGAGCAGCUCCUGGAAGACCUCCACAAUGAUUCCUCUGACUACGUAAUCUGCCCCUGGUCAGCUCUGCUUUCUGCAGCUGGGAGCCUUUCUUUCCAAGGCCAAGUAUCACACAUAGAGGCUGCUCCCUUCAAGGCCCCUGAACUGCUACAGGGACAAAGUGAUGAAGAGCAAUUUGAUGUAUCUCAGAUUCACGUUUAUUCUUUAGGAAUGACCCUCUACUGGGCAGCAGGGUUUCGUGUUCCACCAAAUCAGCCUCUACAGCUGCGCGAGCCCCUGCACUCCAUUCUGCUGACCAUGUGUGAAGACCAGCCUCAUAGGCGGCGGCCCCUGCAGUCGGUUCUGGAAAAUUGUCGGGUUCAUGAGAAAGAAGUGGCUGUCUACCCAGCCCCUGCCGGCCUCCACAUCAGACGGCUGGUCGGCUUGGUUCUGGGCACCAUCUCCGAGGUGGAGAGGAGAGUUGUGGAAGAAAGCUCCUCAGUGCAACAGAACAGAAGCUACCUGCUCAGGAAGAGGCUGCACCAGGCAACCAGCGAGAGCCCAGUGGCACAGGCCCUGGAGUCUCUGCAUCCUUGCAGAGUUUCAGAAAGAAGCACAGAGACCCAGAGCUCGCCGGAGCCCCAUUCAAGCACCUCAGCACACAGUCACUGCAGCCAGUUUGUUAACCGCACUCUCCCAGGUGCAGUUCCCCAGGACCAUCAGGAAGGCAGGAGGCUCAGCUCUGGAUCUGCACUCUCCAGGGCAGAAAGUUCACGACCUGCAACUCCGUCUCAAAGGGGUUUCCUGCAAAGAAAAGGAAAGUUUUCCAGGCCUGAGUUUGUCCUGCUGGCUGGAGAGGCCCCAGUGAUUUUGCAUUUGCCAGGAUCAGUGGUGACAAGAAAAGGAAAAUCCUAUUUGGCUCUCAGGGACCUCUGUGUGGUCCUGCUGAAUGGACAGUGUCUGGAGGUGAAAUGUGACAUGGAGUCAACAGCUGGGGCUGUCUUCAACGCUGUGAUGUCCUUUGCCAACCUUGGGGAACUCACCUACUUUGGAUUGGCUUACAUGAAAGACAAAGAGUUCUUCUUCCUGGACAAUGAGACCAGGUUGUGCACAAUAGCUCCUGAAGGCUGGAGAGAACAGUCCCCGAAGACCUCCAUGAACACCUUCACGCUCUUCCUGAGGAUAAAGUUCUUUGUCAGCCACUACGGGCUGCUCCAGCACAGCCUGACCAGGCAUCAGUUUUACCUGCAGCUUCGGAAGGACAUCCUGGAGGAGAGACUACACUGCAGUGAGGAGACCCUGCUGCGACUGGGGGGCCUUGCUCUGCAGGCCGAAUUUGGCAAUUACCCCAAGGAGCAGGUGGAGAGUCAGGUGUACUUUCGAGUAGAAGAUUACAUCCCAGCAAGUCUGAUCGAGAGAAUGACCCCUCUGCGGGUACAGGUGGAAGUCUCAGAGAUGCACCGACUCAGUUCUGUACUUUGGGGAGAGGAUGCUGAGCUGGAGUUCUUGAGGGUCUCCCAGCAGCUCCCAGAAUACGGCGUGCUGGUUCACCGGGUAUUCUCAGAGAAGAAGAGGCCAGAAGGGGAGCUGGCCUUGGGGAUCUGUGCCAAGGGUGUCAUAGUAUACGAAGUGAAAAACAGCAGCAGGAUUGCAACGUUACGGUUCCAGUGGAGAGAAACCAGGAAGAUUUCGACUCAUCAAAAAAAGUUCACCAUCACAAGCAGUGUCACCGGGAAAAAGCACACGUUUGUCACCAACUCAGCCAAGACCUGUAAAUAUCUACUGGGUCUCUGCUCUGCCCAGCAUGGGUUUAAUGCACAGAUGGGCUCUGGGCCUUCUCCCCAAGUUUUAACUGACCAUGAUAAGUUUGUGCAGUUGGUCAAUUUGAGUCCUGCACACUCUGCCCAGUCUAAGCCUCUCACUUGGAUUCGGAGAUUGUCGUGCUCAGAAAAUGAGUUGUUUGCACCCCGGGUGCAGGAUGCUGCAGGAGGCCUGCUGAGUACGUCCCUGGAUAACUUCCACAUAGAAGCCAGCAAGGAGGUCGGGGCAGAAGGCGUCAGAGCCAGCCCCUGCACUGGCCGGGAGCAGCUAGGGAACACCUGUGUGAUCCAGAAGCCAAGUGACUCUCUCUCUGAGCUGCCUGUUCAGAGCCUGUGCACAGGGUCACAGAACAACCGGAACAAGAGCUUUACAGCCGAGCCAGGCCGAGAAAUCGUUUGUGUGACCCUGAAACGCGAUCCCCAUCGUGGUUUUGGUUUUGUCAUUAAUGAGGGAGAUAAUGCAGGCCAAGCUGACCCUGGCAUUUUUAUAUCUUCCAUUAUACCUGGGGGACCAGCAGAGGAAGCCAAAAGGAUUAAACCAGGAGGGCAGAUACUAGCCCUGAAUCACAUCAGUCUGGAGGGCUUCACCUUCAACAUGGCUAUAAAGAUGAUUCAGAAUUCUCCAGACAACAUAGAAUUAAUCAUUUCUCAGUCAAAAGGUGUUUGUGAAAAUAUCCCAAAUGAGGAAAAGAGCACCACAGCCAAUUCUGGGGUCAUCUCCACGGACAUCCUGAACAAUGGGCACCAGGGAAGCUUGUCACUGCACGCACAAGACCAGGACAGGACUACUGAGGGCCCAGGAGUGGCUCAGGUGCAGAGCUUCGUGUCCAGGUUGAGGCCUCAGCUCUCCCCUCUGCCACUGAAGGAUGCUGGUUCUUCUUGUCCUCCACGACCUUCAGAGACCAAGCCUGGUGAGAUCUACUUCGUGGAGCUGGUUAAAGAAGAUGGGACACUUGGAUUCAGUGUGACUGGUGGCAUCAACACAAGCGUGCUCCAUGGAGGUAUCUAUGUGAAAUCCAUUGUUCCUGGAGGGCCAGCUGCCAAGGAAGGGCAGAUCCUGCUAGGUGACCGGCUCCUGCAGGUGGAUGGAGUGAGUCUGUAUGGCCUUACCCACAAGCAGGCUGUGCAGUGCCUCAAGGGCCCUGGGCAGGUUGCAAGACUGGUCUUAGAGAGAAGAGGCCCCAGGACUGCACAGCAGUGUCCUUCUAAUGACAGGAUGGGAGAUGAGCACACGGCUGUUUCCUUGGUAACAGCCUUGCCUGGCAGGCCCUCGAGCUGUGUCUCAGUGACAGAUGGUCCCAAGUUCGAAGUCAAACUGAAGAAGAAUGCCAAUGGUUUGGGAUUCAGUUUUGUGCAGAUGGAGAGAGAGAGUUGCAGCCACCUUAAGAAUGAUCUUGUGAGGAUUAAGAGGCUCUUUCCAGGGCAGCCAGCUGAAGAGAAUGGGGCCAUUGCAGCUGGUGACAUCAUCCUGGCCGUGAAUGGAAGGCCUACGGAAGGCCUCAUCUUCCAGGAGGUGCUCCAUUUACUGCGAGGGGCCCCACAGGAAGUCACGCUCCUCCUUUGCCGACCCCCACCAGGUGUACUGCCAGACAUGGAGCAGGGAUGGCAGACACCCGUACUCUCAGCAGACAAAGCAUUCACCAGGGCAACAUGUACCGACUCAGAGCGGAGCCCCAGCUUGGAUCAAGAGGACAGCUGGAGGGACAGUGCCUCUCCAGACACAGGGGAAGGCCUGGGUCUCAGGCCAGAGUCUUCCCAAAAGGCCUUCAGGGAGGUGCAAUGGGAUCAAGACAGAGAGAGACCUUGGGCCGGUUCCCUGAUGCAUUCUCCCAGUUCCCACCCUCACUUAUGCAACCUUCACCAGGAAAGGGAUGCGUCAACAUUGGCAACCUCUUUGGAAAAGGAUAUCAGGCAAAAUUGCUAUUCAGUUUGUGAUAUCAGGAGACUUGGAAGAUUUUCCCUCUCAUCCUCUCUAACCAGACUUUCAACAGAUAUUUUCUGAGUGCCUUCUCUGCAUGUCUGCAGCGCUGUG